AUGACCCGAAGAGUAGUGGAUCUCAGCAGUGAUGAUGAUGAUGGACGCGUUGCCGUUGCCGCCUUGGAAGAGGAGUUGGACUCAGUCGAGAGGCAAAUUGAGGAGUUGCGUGUCACCAGAGAUAUUCUCCGAAGUAAGCUGGCAAGACUACGGUCCAAGUUGGACAGUUCGCCGUCCCCAACGUCCUCAUCGGUAUGGGCUGACGCUGGUUUCUCAUGGGACUCCAGUUUACGUGAUGCUGCCUGGCGGUACUUUGGUGUGAAGCAAUUCCGUGACCACCAACUGAGUAUACUCAACGCCAUACUAAGCGGGUCGGACGCCGUAUUAGUGUCCCCUACAGGCAGCGGGAAGAGUCUAGUGUAUCAGCUACCAGCAGUUCUUAUGGGCGAGAAGCGACUUACUGUAGUGGUGUCUCCUCUGAUCUCGCUCAUGCAUGACCAAGUUUCAUCGUUGUUGGCUGUCGGUGUCGCUGCGCGAUUGCUGAGCGCGCAGGAGCCGAGACAAAGGCAAACAGCAAUACGGAAAGAAUUAAAGGAAAAACACGUUGAUAUAGUUUUCGUAACGCCGGAGAGAAUCGCGAAAAGUGCCCAGUUCAUGAAUCUGCUUGGUCGCCUCCACGAAUCAAAGAGUAUUGGCUUGAUCGCUGUAGAUGAGAGUCACUGUAUUUCACAGUGGGGUCACGAUUUUCGCCAGGACUACCUGAAGUUAGGGAUGCUGCGAAAACACUUCCCUGGAGUACCGAUAGUUGCUACAACAGCCACGGCAACUCCGCAAGUUGUUGAGGACAUAUGCGGUAGACUAGAUCUGGAUCGGUCGCGCACUAACGUUAAGCGAGCUCCUUGCGAUCGACCCAACAUUUUCUAUGGCGUCAUUCAUAAACCCAGAGAUAAAGCGAGAGCGGUGGAGCAACUGUUGUGUGCUUCUUGUCCGCCUGCUGAUUCGAAUGGUAUUGUAUAUUGUCUGAGUAGAAAAGAAACUGAGGAUGUGUGUACGAGUCUGAAUCACGCUGGUAUCCCUGCUGUGUGGUAUCAUGGCGAGCUCGGGGCCGACAGUCGGGCAGCGGUUCACAAGUCGUGGAUGUCCGGUGAGACCAUGAUCACUCGACAUGGCCAGUGGCGUGAAUUAGCCAAAGUCAGGUUAUCAUUUGAAUGCAUUAUGAUGAUCUGUGCUAUCAUCAUUUCCAUCGUCAUGAAGGCGUCCGCCCACAGCUGGGUAUUUAAUUUGAUAGGGGACAUCAGAAGCGGUCAUCCUAGGAUGGGCCCAAACAUGCACAAAAAUCCCGACCAUUAUUAUGCGCGCCCGGUGUGCCCGAAGUCAUCCCUGAGGCAGUGCCAGAAUCUGCCCCCGCCAUAUAAGGCUUUUGAUGAAAGCUCUCUACGACCAUGCAGACGGGCUGGCUCGCUUGGUGCUUCGAAUACAAACGACCGUGCAGAAGUUACUCGAGGGCAAAAACUACAUAUCUCCUGGAUGGGUAACGGGCACACUAAUUCCGUCUCUGACGGGACAUGCAUCGUGUUCAAGAUGGCUCCAUACAGUUCUGAUCCUUCAUGGGAAGACUUCACCUCGCUAGAGGACUGCCUACCAUUUUAUAACAAACAUGUUACUAAGGACACCACUUCUGCUGAUAUUAUUAUACCUAGUAACGUUGAGCCUGGGCCCUACACCAUCCUUUACAUAUAUGUAUUUGAUACUAACGUUGGUCGGUUCCGUCCUGUUGGCAUGGGAGAAUGGACAGCUUCUGAGAUGCAUAACCGGCUGAGAACUGGUGGUUUAAGUCACGAGGAGGCCACACUCGAGUUGGAGGAAACGGGUCCGAAUGAGAUCAGAGUGCGAGUCCCCGGGAUCAUUGAGAGCCUGGCUUCGGAGUUCAGCGAUGUUCUCUACAUACUACAGUCUGUUGCUGCCUGGACGUACAUCGUGUAUACGACGUGGAAUAUUGGAAUAAUAUGGCUCGGCAUGACUCUGAUUGCGGGGAUCUAUCGGGCCUUGUUCAUCGUAAGGAGGGGCCAGAAGAAGAUCGCUACCUUGGCGAAGUUAGAGACUAGGGUGCAAGUUCUGAGAUCAGGGAAGUGGAUUGAGAUCGGCUCCCAUGGUGUGGUCCUCGGCGACUUACUCAAAGUGGAGGAACGUGAACCUCUUCCUUGUGACGGAGUGGUCAUGGAGGGUUCUAUAAUCGUCAAUGAGUCCAUGCUCACUGGUGAGCCCAUGCCCAUACAGAAAUUCUCUGUGGAUGACAUUGAAGAUGCUGAAAUCACCAAGAAGAACAAGGCCUAUGCAGGCACUAUGUGUAUGCAGUCAACUGGCCCCCACGAUGGUCGUGCCAUUUUGCUGGCAACUAGUGUCGGAGCUCUCACGACGAAGGGACAACUCAUUCGUAUGGUACUUUCCCCACAAUCUAUCAGGUUCAAGUACACUGAUCAGCUUCCGAUUAUCUACGGUAUGCUAGCUCUGUAUGCUGUACUCAUCAUCAUUCUGUUCAUGACCACGACAAGUCUGGGUUCCUGGGUGGUCACCGUGUUGGAAAUUCUGAGUGCUAUUGCUCAGACGAUGAACCCCAUGUUGCCCGUCUCUAUCGUCAUGGGCCAGUCAGUGGCGGCCUUCAGACUCGAGAAGCAUCAUCAGAUAUCAUGUCUCCAACCGGGGAGGAUUCCUGUUGCUGGCAAGAUCUCAACGAUGGUGUUCGACAAGACCGGCACCAUCACGAAGGACGGUAUGGACUUCGCGGCGGUGGUGGCCGUGGACCCUGCGAGUAGAACCUUCCUCAGCAAGGUGCAGUUUGAGCCGGAUUCGCCUCCUCUCGAUGAGAGAAACAAACGUGUGAUUUCUGAGAGAAUCCCUCUGAAGAUGCAAUACGGCCUCGCUUGCUGCCACACUGUGACUACUCUCCGUGAUGGAACAUUUAUUGGGAAUCACGUUGAAGUGUCGAUGCUCACUAUGACUGGAUGGUCUCUCCCGAAGCCGGAGAGCUCAGACAAUAUCAUAACUUCACCGAAUGGGGAGCAUAAACUCAAGGUCUUGAAGAAACUUGAGUUCCACCACAACAGAAUGACAUCCGGGAUUGUCGUCAGAGAUCUGUCAACGGAUGAGGUUAUUGUCGUCAUCAAGGGCUCGUAUGAACGUGUGGCCGCCUUGUCGUUGCCCGACACACUCCCCAAGGACUAUGUUGAAGUCUCUGAGGGAUGUGCUUCUGAUAACUUCUACACCUUGGCAAUGGCGACUAAGACUUUGGACGGCUCUUUCACGGACGAGCAAAUCACAGCGGCCAAGAGGGACUCUUUUGAAUUCGACCUUUCCAUGUGCGGACUGCUUCUCUUCCGCAAUGAGAUGAAGCCCGACUGCCAUUGA